CAGGCGUGAGCCGUAAUCCACCAGUGCCCGGCAACUUCACUGGUGUUUUUACUUGACAAACAUGUACCCUGGCAGUUGUCAUACCUCCUCAUGUGGGGCCAGGCAGGUUCAGAAUGCGCACACGGGGCUGGACCUGACGGUGCCCCAGCACCAGGAGGUGCGGGGCAAGAUGCUGUCCGGCCACGUGGAGUACCAGGUCCUGGUGGUCACCCGGCUGGCCGCCUUCAAGUCCGCCAAGCACAGGCCUGACGACGUCGUCCAGUUCCUGGUCUCCAGAAAGUACAGCGAGAUCGAGGAGUUCUACCAGAAGCUGAGCAGCCGCUACCCGGAAGCCAGCCUGCCCCCGCUGCCCCGGAAGGUCCUGUUUGUGGGGGAAUCUGACAUCCGGGAAAGGAGAGUCAUGUUCAAUGAGAUUCUCCGUUGGAUCGCCAAGGAUGCCCAAUUGGCCAGCAGCCCAGAGCUGCUGGAAUUCCUAGGUACCCGGUCCCCGGGGGCUGGGGGUCUCUCCAGCAGAGAUGCCCCCACCCUGAGUGGCACAGACAGCCAAGCGCAGGACGAGGAAGAGGCUUUUGACUUCUUCGGGCAGCAGGACCAAGUAGCAGCUGAGGGGCCUUCCAUCCUGAGCCUGAAGGGCAAGGAGGCCCAGAAGUUUCUAGAGGAAAAGCAAGAGGAAGAGGAGGAGGAGGAGGAGGAAGCGUUGGAUCCUUUGGGCAUUAUGCGCUCCAAGAAGCCCAAGAAACGCCCAGAAGUGAUCAUGACGCCCAAACCCGCACCCCGGCUCACCAUCUUCGACGAGGAGGUAGAUCCUGAUGGGGAGCUCUUUGGCCCAAGCAGAAAGCUGCCCUCCCCGAGCUCCUCAGAGCCGCUGCCUGGAGACUCCCUGAAGCUGUUUGAUGACCCUGACCUCGGCGGGGCUGUCCCCCUGGGGGACCCCUUACUGCUGCCAGCCACCUGCGACAGUGGACGGCCUUCCUCUAGCCUGUGCCGCGCGGCUGCUUCCGCCGAGCUGUUCAGAGUGGAAGAAGACUUGGACCAGAUCCUGAACCUGGGGGCUGAGCCCAAACCCAAGCCUCCGCCUAAGCCCAGGCCCCCAGUGGCAGCCAAGCCCGCGCUGCUCCGGAAGCCAGCCGCGCCCCCGGUGGUGGGCCCAGCCAACGCCGAGGCGGGACCACCGAAGCAGCCACCGCAGAUCCAAGCCAUGGACGAAAUGGACAUCUUGCAGUACAUCCGGGACCAUGAUGCCUCUGCCCAGGCCUCUCCCAGCCUCUUCUGACCCCCACGGGGUGCUGCGUCUGGCGCUGCCCCCCCUCCCCCCGUCAACAGGUGCCUGUGUGUGAGUGGGCCAGGACCUCCAUGCCCCAAGACAGAGGCGGAAAGCUGGGCCCACGAGCCAGGACGACACCACUCAUUCCCCUUUGUCCUGAGCUGUAGGCUCUACCUGGAAUCCCUACAGAAUAGAGCAGAGGGCCCUAUAGGAAUAAAGCCCACAUUGUCCCCAUCCAGCCACAAGAGAGGGGAGAGUGAGUACAUGUAGUGAUACCUGCCCAGCAGAGCCUGACCCCCAGGGGUGGUGUGAUGUUUGAGGGGACUUCCGGGAGAAGUCCCAUUGAGCCCCCUUGUGCCCAGCAUAGGAAGCCUGGCCUGCUUGGGCUGGGCUACAUGGCGGCCAGGCCCCAAGACGCAGACACUGAGCAGAAGAGCCCCACUGCCCAGGCUGCCUGCCCAUGUGCUCCUGAGCCUCCUCUGGUUUCCGGCUCCAGGGAAAGAAGGUUGGCCCAGCCCUGCUUCAUAGGAAGAUGGAGGCUGGCCAGCCCUGGGGCCUCCGUGGGCCUCUGGGUCCAGAGACAGUGUCUGUGAUUGCAGCUUCCAGCAAAGUGACUCGCGACCUCUUCAGAGCUUGGCUGGGGGUGUCCAGCCGGGCACUGCUUUUCCAUAGGAUACCGUGCUCGCAGGCUUCUGUCCUGUCUUCUUGUCCCAGGCUUCUUGCCUGUCCUCAGGGUUUGCAUUCCUUCAGCGGCCUUCCGUGCAGCCACCCGCCUGGGGAGAGGGAGCUGCGUGCCAGAGCAGGCUGGUGCUUCAGACACCUCCCGGGUCCCCAGCACCGGGCACAGGCUGCGCGGCGGGCAGAGAUGAGGGCUGACCGCGCACAGAAUGUUAGCUGGCCUUUCUCUGAUACAGUCCUCGUGUCCAGAGCUAGUUUUUAAUGAACCAAUCAUUUUUAACAAAACAGCUUUCUCCUUCCUUGCCUUUGUCUUGCCUGACAGACAUCCAGAGGGGUCAGGACUAGAUUCCCAACCAUUUCAGUUGGAUCCAAGUGCCACCCCUGGGGGUGGGGGACUCCAGGUGACAGGCCAGCUGCUUUCUGCUGUCAGUGCCUGGUGUCCCCAGCUCCUGCCUAGCACAGGGCCCAUGGGGUGGCGCUGGGGGCGCCCAGUCCCAUCUGUCCUGUGUCUCCAUGUCCCUCUUCACCUGCCUGACCCUCCACGGGAUACUCCCUCCCCACCUGUGCCGAAGGGAGGGGACCGGCAUGCCACUGGGCAGAGCUGAAAUCUGCUUUGCCUGGCUUGCAGGGUCCCCCUCCACAGGGCCCAGAGCCGACUCCAGGGCAGCUUCUGUCCUGCUUUACCUUCUACCUCAGUGCUCAGCACCCAGCCCUGGGCCCAUACCACCUCCUGACUGCAGGGAAAGGAAGGGGUGGGGGGAGGAGGGGGGAGACCAUGUGACCAGCUCCUCCCCAGAGAGGCUGCCCAGCUCCGCCCCUGCCCCAGCUCUCCACUCCCUGUUCUGUGCUCCCUGGCUGCCGGCUCCCUGCCUGUCCUCCAUCCCUACCUCACGCCUGCUUUGGG